AUGAUGCUGCCGUCCUGCAGGAAGAGUGCCGCCCUCGCCGCCGUCGCGUUGUCUUCCUCCGUCCUCCUGCUCCACGCCUUCUCUCUUCCGGCAGCCUCUGCGCUCUCCGUCGGGCUGGCGCGGCCCCACCGGCACGACGCCACGCCCGGUCCGGCCGCCGGCUGCGACGUCUUCAGUGGCAGCUGGGUCCUCGACGGCGGCGGCGGCUCGGCGGCGUACACCGGGUACAACUGCCCGCUCAUCGACGCGGAGUUCAAUUGCCAGCUGUACGGCCGCCCGGACUCCGACUACCUCCGGUACGUCUGGAAGCCGGCCGGCUGCGAGCUGCCGAGGUUCGAUGGCGCGGACUUCUUGACACGGAUGAAGGGGAAGACGGUGAUGUUCGUGGGCGACUCGCUGGGCCGCAACCAGUGGGAGUCGCUCGUCUGCCUGCUGCACGCCGCCGCGCCGCAGUCGCCGGCGCAGCUCGUCUCCGCGGACCCUCUGUACACCUACAAGUUCCUGGAGCACCAGGUGACGGUAUCCUUCUACCGCGCGCCGUACCUGGUGGACAUCGACAUGGUCCAGGGGAAGCGGGUGCUGAUGCUGGACGACAUCUCCGAGAACGCCGAGGCGUGGCGCGACGCCGACGUGCUCUCCUUCAACUCCGGCCACUGGUGGACGCACACCGGCUCGAUGCAGGGCUGGGACUACAUGGGCGAGUCUGGCCGAUACUACGAGGACAUGGACCGCACGGUGGCAUUCCAGCGCGGCCUCACCACCUGGGCCAACUGGGUGGACCUCAACCUCGAUCAAGCCAAGGCCCGUGUCUUCUUCCAGUCCAUGUCGCCCACGCAUUACAGCUCGAAGGAAUGGCCCAACCCGGUAUCGAAGAACUGCUACGGCGAGACGGCACCGGUGACUGUGCUGAACUCGACCGGUCAGGCCUCGGGUCAGGACCAGGUGAUCCAGGCCGUGCUGCGGGGCAUGAAGAGCCCCGUCCGUCUCCUCGACAUCACGGCGCUGUCGGCGAUGCGCAAGGACGCGCACCCAUCGGUGUACAGCGGCGACUUCUCGCCGGCGCAGCGUGCCAACCCCGGCGCCGGCGGCUCCGUUGACUGCAGCCACUGGUGCCUCCCCGGCCUCCCGGACACCUGGAACCAGCUCUUCUACACACUCCUCUUCUACAAAUAG